UGACGAAAGACAAAGAGAAAAUUAAUAACAGAAAACAGGAAGAAAGAGAGAGUUUUGUCUAUAUUCUCAAUAAUCCGUCCAACUAGCCAGUUCAUAGUGCUCUCAAUUCACAGAAAGAAAGAUUACUGAGCCUUUUUCACUGUCCAUUCUCUCUCUUUCCAGACUAUUCCCCAUCUUCAACCCUUUUGUCAUUAUGCGUUUUUCUGCCUGCGAUAUGUUAUCUUUCCUGUCUCUGUCCCAUUCCCUCUCCUGGGUGUCUCCUUUUUCUCCCUUCUGAGCUCACCUUUUCGAGUAAACUAUCUUAAUUUUCGAGUUGUCCACUGUUUUUCCUUUACAAUUGGGCGGUAAUGACUACUGCUCUGGAGUUUACUGUUUCUAGCUUAGUUGGUCUUGCUUUUCAAUUCAUUCUUGAAGUUUUCAUUUGAAGUUCAAUAGGUUUUAGCUAGAGCUAGCUAUUAGCUUGGAGACUGUCUGACCACAUUGGAGCUUGAAUUGAAUAAAUGAAGGGAGCUUUGCUAGUGGCUCUUGCUGCUUCCGUUGGAAACUUUCUGCAAGGAUGGGAUAAUGCCACCAUUGCUGGGGCUAUGGUCUACAUCAAGAAAGACAUGGUCCUCAAUUCUUCAGUGGAAGGUCUUAUAGUGGCCAUAUCUCUCAUUGGAGCUACAAUCAUCACAACGUGUUCAGGGCCGGUAUCGGAUUGGGUCGGUCGACGUCCGAUGUUGAUAUUGUCAUCACUGCUUUAUAUUCUAAGUGGUUUGAUCAUGUUGUGGUCCCCUAAUGUGUUGGUACUCUGCAUAGCAAGGUUGUUGGAUGGAUUUGGGAUUGGCCUUGCCGUCACUCUUGUUCCUGUUUAUAUUUCAGAAACUGCCCCAUCAGAAAUAAGAGGAUUGUUGAAUACUCUCCCACAGUUUACUGGAUCAGGUGGCAUGUUCAUAUCCUACUGUAUGGUAUUUUACAUGUCGUUGUCAGUCUCAACAAGCUGGAGAUUAAUGCUUGGAGUCCUCUCUAUCCCAUCCGUCCUCUAUUUUAUACUAACAGUGUUUUUCUUGCCUGAAUCUCCUCGAUGGCUGGUUAGUAAAGGGAAGAUGCUUGAGGCAAAAAAGGUUCUCCAGCGACUCCGUGGCAUAGAGGAUGUUUCAGGUGAGAUGGCUUUGCUAGUUGAAGGUCUUGGGAUUGGGGGUGAGACAUCCAUAGAAGAGUAUAUAAUAGGUCCUGCUGAAGAAAUUGAUGGGGACAUAGCUGAUCAAAAAGAUAAAAUUAGAUUAUAUGGACCUGGAGAAGGCCUAUCUUGGGUUGCUAAGCCUGUCACAGGACAGAGUUCUCUCGUGCUUGCAUCUCGGCAAGGAAGUUUGGUCAAUAGAAGUAUGCUUAUGGACCCACUUGUCACCCUUUUUGGUAGUGUUCAUGAGAAGCUCCCGGAGUCUGGAAGCAUGGUUUUCCCAAACUUUGGCAGCAUGUUCAGCACGGCUGAACCUCAUGUGAAAAAUGAGCAGUGGGACGAGGAGAGCCAGAGAGGAGAUGACUAUGCAUCAGAGGCUGGUGGAGUGGACUCAGAUGACAAUCUGCAUAGUCCACUGAUUUCGCGCCAAACAACCAGCAUGGAUAAAGAUAUCGUUCCCCCUCCUUCCCAUGGUAGUAUCUUCAGUGUGAGGCGCCACAGCAGUCUCAUGCAAGGAAAUAUUGAGGGGGUCGGUAAUACUGGGAUUGGUGGGGGCUGGCAGUUGGCAUGGAAAUGGUCUGAGAAAGGAGAGGAUGGCAAGGAGGGCGGAUUUAAACGUAUUUAUUUGCACCCAGAGGAUGUUCCUGGGUCCCGACGUGGAUCUAUUCUUUCUCUUCCUGGAGAAGAUGUCCAUGCAGAUGGUGAGGUCAUCCAGGCUGCAGCAUUGGUCAGCCAGCCUGCUCUUGUCUCUAAAGAACUUAAAGAUCAGCGCCCAGUUGGCCCUGCAAUGGUUCAUCCAUCUGAAACUGUUUCAAAGACUCCAAUAUGGUCUGCUUUACUCGAACCAGGCGUUAAGCAUGCUCUAAUUGUAGGAAUUGGAAUUCAGAUUCUUCAACAGUUUUCUGGGAUCAAUGGAGUUCUUUACUAUACUCCUCAAAUUCUUGAAGAAGCAGGUGUUGAAGUUUUGCUUUCAAAUAUGGGGAUUGGUUCUGAAUCCGCAUCAUUCCUGAUUAGUGCAUUCACAACCUUCCUGAUGCUUCCCUGUAUUGGUGUGGCAAUGAGGCUCAUGGAUAUUUCAGGCAGAAGGCGGCUCUUACUCGCUACCAUCCCUGUGCUAAUAGUAUCACUCCUCGUUCUCGUCGUGUUUGAGCUUAUUACAGUGAGCACCAUUGUCAAUGCAGCAAUCUCAACCAUAUGUGUGGUCGUUUACUUUUGCAUCUUUGUCAUGGGAUAUGGACCAAUUCCAAACAUCCUUUGCUCGGAAAUUUUCCCGACAAGGGUCCGUGGCCUCUGCAUUGCAAUAUGUGCAAUGGUUUUCUGGACCGGCGAUAUAAUUGUAACAUAUUCUCUGCCUGUGAUGCUUAGUGCAAUAGGUCUUGCAGGUGUCUUCGGCAUUUAUGCCGUUGUGUGUAUAAUUUCAUGGAUAUUCGUCUACUUGAAAGUCCCAGAAACCAAAGGCAUGCCUCUUGAGGUCAUUGCGGAGUUCUUCUCUGUCGGUGCGAGACAAGCUGCGAAAGGUAGUAUUAAUUGAGUUGAGGAUGAUGCAAAUUGGCAGUCUUGACUCUCUAUAGAAACUCCAUCUGUUCCUUCCCAGAUUGGAAGCAAAUCUGCUCCUUGCUGCUGCAUUAUGAAACGAUGAACAAGAAGAAGACAGCAAGUCCAAAUUCUUUUCCUAUGUUGAAUUUUGGUUUAAGUUUAUGUAAUUUGUAUGCAUCAAUGUAUUGGAGAUUGUGAUUGGUUUAGAUUUUUAAAAGCUUCUUUUCUUUGCUCUUAAGUUUUCAAGGCUUUGGUUUGAUUUUGGAUUUAACACAAGUUGGAGUACAUAUAUUUUGUAUCAUAGAUGCCUCACCAGUGAACAAUAGUUCUAACUAAUAAAAUGGCAGUCUGGCAUCAUAAUUUUCUAA